CGUUUCCUCACGGAUGUAUUUCACCGCGACACUCACAACACUUCAUGUGCCGCACAGAGCUGCUGUCUGUGGCUGGAUCGUAAACUACUGUCAUUCAGAUUACAUGUAAUCAGUUCCUACCCAGCUCUGGAUUUCAUCUUGUGCAGGCAGCAUGGCGAAACCCCGUGGGUUCGAGUUUUGGAGGAGCACUCUGAAGGGUGCGCGCUAUGUGGUGGCACCCAUGGUGGAGCAGAGCGAGCUGGCCUGGAGGCUGCUGAGCCGCAGACACGGUGCAGAGCUCUGCUACACUCCCAUGCUGCACGCACAGGUGUUCGUCAGGGAUGCCAACUACCGGCGAGAGAACCUGUACAACGAGGUCCACCAGGAGGACCGACCCCUCAUCACACAGUUCUGUGCCAAUGAUCCAGAGGUGUUUAUCCAGGCUGCUCUACUUGCCCAGGAUUACUGUGAUGCCAUCGAUCUGAAUUUGGGUUGCCCUCAGAUGAUUGCAAAAAGAGGCCAUUAUGGUGUGUUUCUUCAAGAUGAGUGGGACCUUCUUGAGAAAAUGAUUAAACUGGCCGAUGAAAAACUCUCCGUGCCCAUUACUUGCAAAAUCCGGGUCUUCCCAGAGAUUGAGAAAACUGUGAAGUAUGCCAAAAUGCUGGAAAAGGCUGGAUGCCAGCUCCUCACAGUUCAUGGUAGAACUAAAGAUCAAAAGGGGGCUUUGACUGGCAUUGCAAGUUGGAAGCACAUCAAAGCUGUACGGGAGGCUGUAAACAUUCCUGUUUUCGCCAAUGGAAACAUCCAGCACCUGAGUGAUGUUCAGUGCUGCAUGGAGGAGACUGGAGUACAAGGUGUCAUGAGUGCAGAAGGGAAUCUCCACAAUCCUGCUCUGUUUGAAGGCCGUAGUCCACCUGUGUGGGAGAUGGCUGAGGAGUACCUGGAGGCUGUGGGGAAACACCCACCCUGCAGUCUGUCUUACGUCCGUGCUCACAUCUUCAAACUGUGGCACCACACCUUACAGAUACAUCAAGACCUGAGGGAGGAGCUGGCCAAAGCGAAAAACGUAGCUGGGAUUGCAGAGGUCAACAGACAGCUGAAACAACGUUGCCAGGAGGAGAUGGCUAAAGAUGAAUCAGAAUGGACUCGGACUGGACUUCCCUUCCCUCACUGGAUCUGUCAACCCUACGUCAGACCACCGCCCAAGGAUCCAAACGCUGAAAAUGGGCAGAAAGCAUCAGAAACCAAAGCUGUGAGUGUAAAGAGGGCGCUGGAGGACAGCGAUGGACCCAAUGACUCACUCUCCAAGAACAAGCAGAAGAAGAAAGCCCGCAACCCCCACAAGAACUUCUGUCCAGAGCUGAAACCAAAAUACAUCAAGUGUGAGCAAUGUGGAAACCCUAAAGGGAAUAAAUGCGUGUUCAACUUGUGCCGUGGCUGCUGCAAGAGGAAGGCUUUCAAGGAAGUGGCUGAUUGUCCUGGCCAUGGAUUGAAAUUCAAAACCAAGGCUUUAAAACAGUCUAAGUCCGAUACGGGUGGUGGGCUGACGAAUGGGAAUCCCAACAGUCAGACAGUUUCUACUGCAGCCCAUGAUCCAUUGUAAAGCAGACUUGUGUACUGGAUAUGGAUAUGGAAAACAGGUUUACCACUUAACAUUGCUGCACUGAAUUAGAAGUACAAGACUGCAUUUGUGGCCAAACCUGGUUUUUCACUGUUGAUAUGAGAUUUGGAUGCAUAUGACACCAAAUGAACUAAACAUGCAAAGAAACAGACAUGGCAAGAUCAGUGCUACUGUUACUAACACUAGAUCAUUUAAAGAGUCAUUCUUUUCUGUAACAAAGUACCACUUUCUGGACUGCUGUCGGGUGAAUAGUUCCAUAGUCUUAAUAUUUUAAGAUUGCUUAUUAGAGUAGUAUAUUUUGAUAAUUACUGGGAACGUGGUAUAUGAAGCAGCCGCUCUGAAUGCACAAUCCUGUACUGCUCCCUGUUCACCUAAGAUAGAGGAGCUGGACUUUUAUCUUGGGAUGUUCUGUGGAAAUACACCAAUACACUGAUGGACAUCUUCACUCAAACAUUAUUUGAACUGUAUUUUUACUGUAUUUAUUGUCUUCUGAAAUGAAAGAUGGGGCGUAUUUGUAUGUUGUUGUUUUUUUUAACAUGUAUAUAAAUUCACUUUUAAUCCGA